AUGGGUGUACAAGACGUAUCAAUGCGAGAUAUCGACACCGCACACCGGGUGCCACGCCGACGUGGAAGAGAAGCUGGCACGUACUCGAAUAAUGCCAACCCCAUCAUUUGCAAAUUCAGUAGACGCUUAGCUAAAGAUGCUGUUAUGUCAAAGCGAAGUGAAAUUAAGAAAGUUGCUCAUUCGUCCCUUGGGUUAUCACAUAGCGAAAGUCCUGAUAAUGUCAAUAAUAUAGGCAUAUACCAUCACUUAACACCCAGGCUCCAAGAACUGCUUUAUGAAGCAAAAAAAUUCAAAUUCAGUCAAAAAUACAAAUACUGCUGGGCCAAAGAAUCCGUGAUAUACCUCCGAGAGACCGAGGAUUCUCGUGUGAUCAAGCUUUACAGCAAGGAAGACCUGAAAAAUCUUACUGAGCGCUUAGCCGUUCAUGAAGACUGA